CAUCAUGCUCGACUGGCUGCGUCUGCCUACAAGAAUAAUGGUCUAACGCCCUCCCCUGCCAUGUCGACUGCAAUCGUAGGACUCCUCCGAGUCCUCCCCCUUCUCCUGCUCCUCCUGACCGUCCCCGUCUCCGCCGAACACACCUCCAACUGGGCCGUGCUGGUCUCGACCUCCCGAUUCUGGUUCAACUACCGCCACCUCGCCAAUGUCCUCUCCUUAUACCGCACCGUCAAGCGGUUGGGCAUCCCCGACUCGCAGAUCAUCCUGAUGCUCCCGGACGACAUGGCGUGCAAUCCGCGCAACGCCUUCCCGGGCACCGUGUACAGCAACGCCGACCGCGCGGUCGACCUCUACGGCGACAACAUCGAAGUGGACUACCGAGGCUACGAGGUGACGGUGGAGAACUUCAUCCGCCUCCUGACCGACCGGCUGGACGAAGACGUGCCGCGCAGCAAGCGCCUGGGCUCCGACGCCGGGAGCAACGUGCUAGUCUACAUGACCGGCCACGGAGGCGACCAGUUCCUGAAGUUCCAAGACUCCGAGGAGAUCGGGGCGUGGGAUCUGGCAGACGCCUUCGGCCAGAUGUGGGAGAAGAAGCGCUACCACGAGCUCCUGUUCAUGAUCGACACCUGCCAGGCCAACACCAUGUACACGCAUUUCUACUCGCCCAACAUCAUCGCGACCGGCUCCAGCGCGCUGGACCAGUCGUCCUACUCGCACCAUGCGGAUAACGACGUCGGCGUGGCGGUCAUCGACCGGUGGACAUACUAUGUGCUGGAGUUUCUGGAGACGCAGGUGACGAGUGCGAACUCGAAGCUGACGCUGGGCGACCUGUUCGACUCGUACGACGAGUCCAAGAUCCAUUCCCAGCCCGGGGUGCGGUGGGACCUGUUCCCUGGCGGCGAGCAGGAGGGCCGUCUCCGCACGGUGGUGGAUUUCUUCGGGAAUGUGCAGAACGUCGAAGUCGAGAGUGCCAAUAUGACCGACCCGGGCUCAUUGAUGGAGGACCUGAUCGAGAUUGCCCGGCUGGUGGAUAAAUGGCGCACGCGAGACCAGGAAUAUCUCGCCGGGCAGAACGGGUCGCUGGUGCAGGAGGACCAUCACCGGGGUCAAGCUCAGGAAUCGUCCCCGCAUUACACGGUCAGGACGAAGGUCGGGCCGGCGAAGAUGUCCGAGGAAUCUACCUGGGAGAAGCGGUUCAUUGGGGCUUCUGUGCUGGGUGUCUGCGCGGCUGUCUGGCUGACGGGGUCGAUGUUGGGCGGGCCCUCGGCUUGAUUCUGGUUUGUGACUUGUAUCUUUCUGUUGCCGGGUGUUUUCGCAGUUGGCUAGACGUGUCAUAGAGCACAGCACCUAGACUCUGUACGUAUUUACAGGAUAGCGCAGGGAUGGCGUUUCAGGUGUCAGCUUCUUCAGCCUUAAUUUUUUUUUCUCUUUUUUUUUUUCUUUUUCUUUUAUUAUACUUUUUCUCUAUCAAUUCUGGCCUGUACGUAUAGAGCAUCUAAUCCAGCCGAUUCUUGACAAA